UGUCUGACACAACUUUAAGAACUAUCUAUUGUUUCUCAUCGUAUUCUGAGCCUCUCAGCCCAACCAAUCACACACCGCCAGCGAACCCACUAAGUCCUCGCCCGAAGCAGAGAACCCAAACCCGGACUUUUGCGCCGCCCCAUAACUGAAUUGCAUAAAUCGUCUUCACGUCCGCCACAAUAACCAGUCUCUCUCCCAAAGUCUUUGAGUCUUCAGUUCAAAGAAACAAAGAAAGCGUCCUGAUGAUGGCGCCACAGUAAAACCCACCUCUCAAUUCUCCGACUUGUCGUAUUGGGUUUUGGGUGGGUUUAUUGGUUUUGGAGCUGGAAUGGGUUCAGAUGCUAAGGAAAUGGAUUUGGUAACUCAAUGCAAGACCAAGUUGGUGUCUUUUCGAGUUAAGGAGCUCAAGGAUGUUCUGACCCAGCUGGGUUUUUCAAAGCAAGGGAGGAAGCAGGAUCUAAUUGACAGAAUCUUAGCAUCAGUUUCAGACGAAGAAACAUCCAAUACACGCAGUUUAUCAAAGAAAAAACACAUUGAGAAGAAUGGAGUAGUGCAAGUAAUUGAUGAAGCUUACAGAAAGAUGCAGAGUACACAGUCAACGGAUUCUCCGACAAAGGAACAAAGUGGUUCAGAUGGCUGCAGUGUGAAGCCCUCUAGAAAGGAAGUUAAAAAUUUGAAUGUGACAGACGUGAAGAUUUCUUGCCCCUGUAAAAGUUCAUUGUCAACUGAUUCAAUGAUACAGUGUGUAGAUCCAAUAUGUCAAGUUCAGCAACAUAUUGGUUGCGUGAUUAUUCCUGAGAAAACAAAGGAUUGCAGUCCACCAGUUCCGCCUCUUUUCUACUGUGAAAUGUGUCGUCUCAAACGAGCAGAUCCUUACUGGGUGACUGUGGUGGAUCUAGUAUCUGCAGUGAAGUUAAGUGCUUCAAAUAUUUCAAUUGAUGGUGCAAAUCCAACUCAGAAUGUGGAGAAAAAUUUUCAACUUUCCAGAGCCAAUAGAGAUCUACUUCAGCAUAAUGAAUAUGAUGUUCAGGCUUGGUGUAUACUUCUCAAUGAUAGUGUUUCAUUUAGGUUGCAAUGGCCUCAGUCUGCAGAAUUACAAGUUAAUGGUACGAGUGUUAGGGCAGUUAAUAGACCUGGACAUCAGUUGUUAGGUGCUAAUGGCCGUGAUGAUGGAGCAUUAAUCACAUUUUGCAUUGGGGAGGGAAUCAAUAAGAUUUCAUUAUCAGGAUGUGAUAAUCGUGCUUUCUGUUUUGGCGUCAGACUGGUAAAACGACGAACAUUUCAGCAGGUUCUCAACCUGAUUCCUAAAGAAGAAGAUGGUGAGCUUUUUGAGGAUGCACUUGCGCGGGUUCGUCGUUGCAUUGGUGGUGGGGCUGCUAUGGCACAUGAAGAUAGUGAUAGUGAUUUAGAAGUGAUUUCAGAUUCAGUUUCCGUUAAUCUCCGGUGCCCUAUGAGUGGUUCUCGAAUGAAGGUAGCUGGCAGAUUCAAACCUUGUGCUCACAUGGGUUGCUUUGAUCUCGAAACUUUCGUGGAGCUAAACCAGCGAUCUAGGAAGUGGCAAUGCCCCAUAUGCCUCAAGAACUACUCGUUGGAGGACAUCAUCAUUGACCGUUAUUUCAAUCGCAUCACAACUAUGAUGCAAAUUUGUGGGGAAGACAUAACAGAGAUCAAUGUGAAGCCAGAUGGUUCUUGGAGUGCAAAGACUAAAGGUGAGUUUAGCGACCUUGCGCAAUGGCACUUUCCUGAUGGAUCUCCAUAUGUUGGUAUGGAUUUGGGAACCACAGGACAGUCCAACCCAGAAUCAUGUUCAAACCAACACCAUAGGUUUAUGUCUAAUCAUGGUGGGGUGAGUGAAGUUGGUAAACAUCUGGGUGAUCCAUUAGACAAAGAAUUUGAGGCUUUCGAGCAAAAGGUUAUAACAAUGAGCAGCAGUGACACUUCCUGUGGCAGAGAGGAUGAAGACUUUAUUAUGAAUCAAAAAAGCAGUGUUCAUAUAGAUGUCUCCGCAUAUGAUGACAACGAAGUCAAUUCACUUUCUCCUAAUUUUGCCUCAACAUUUGAAAUUGGGAAUGGUACUUCUGCUGAAGCUGUUAAUGCUGGUAUUAUUAUUCUCAGUGACUCAGAAGAUGAAACAGUCAACUUGGUUUCUCCAAGAGUUAUCAACAAUACUUGCCCAGUAAGCAGCAGUGCAUGCUCCCUGUCUGCAGCUCCUGGCAUUUCAGACCCAUAUGCGUCUUGUUUGGGUCUUUUAAAUGGAAAUGGUAAUGACACUGGGAUGUCACAAUAUGCAUAUCCUACUGGUACUCAUGCCGAUCCUGGGUUCCAAUUAUUUGGUACUGAUUCAGAUCUCUCCGAUGCUUUUAUUGAUUUGGAGCAGACAUCAGUUGAUGGUUCAGCUCCAAUGAAUGGUAACACAUUGGUUUCGGAUAAAAAUCUAGAACCAAGCGGACAUGUCUUAAACUCUUCUGUUUCCCAUACCAAUGCUAACUUGGCUAGCUUGGUUGAUAAUCCUUUGGGCUUUGGUAGUGAGGACCCCUCAAUGCAAAGUUUUCUUCCAAGUCAUCCCUCUUGUUUGUUGGAGCAGUCUGAUUUUGGACAACAUCAGCCAGUCUCAAAUGGCAUUACUAGUGAUUGGGUUGCUCUUAGCCUUGGUAUAGGUGAAAGUGUUCCCCAUGGCGUUGAUGCAAAUGCUGAACCUGCAGACACAAAUGGACUAUAUUCAAGAAACCAAUGUGGAUCAAAUAAGGUGGCUUUAAUCACGGAUAAAAAUGAGGGAUCUAAGUCGAAAUCUAACAGAGCAAAUAUAAGGAAACUUUCAGAUGGACCUUUCUCCUUUCCCCGUCAGCCACGGUCUGUGAGACCGCGAGUGUAUCUGUCAGUAGAUUCCAAUUCUGAAUAGACAAGGAUAAACAAACACCUUAAUUUUUGUAAGUUCAAGGUUUCAGCCAUGUGCAAAGCAUUUUUGUUGGAAGUCCCUCUCAUCAUAGAUUCACUCUCAUUUUGUUAGGAGCAGUUCUGGAGCCUCUUUAUUUAAUGGUAGGUUUGACUUGCUCCACUGGAACCAAUUCUGAACUGAAAUUGCCAUCGCAUAGAAACUAAUUCCUAUAAAUCCACCACUUGCUUAUAAACAGACGUAGUGGAAGCCUAACUGUUAUAACUUAUAACCAACAGGCGGGUGCUCUUUUAGUGCCUCCCGGACCAUCAAAGUUUAAUACUUUUAGAUGUUUUAGCUGCAAUGUAAAAAAAAUGAGUUUCAAUCUGAAAGCUAGUCAUGCCUGUAGCAUUUUGUACUUUAUCAUAGUAGCAGUGGGUGGGUUCCUGUUUCUACCCUAUAUGGUUUAUUGAUUGGAUAUAUACUGGAGCUGAGUGUACAUAGAAGAUAACAUGGAAAGUGUGGAUUUCCAUCCUGGCUUGGUUACUCUUGGACUUGAGAUAAUCUUGCAGUGUCACAUUCGCCAAUUAAUAUUUUUUUUUUCGCACAAGAUAAAUGCUUUUUGGUCUGUGCUGACUUUAGACACAUACGGGAAGAAAUGGGCACCGGGGUGAAGUAGGCUAAAAUAUCAUUACAUUAGUGUAACUGUUCUGUUCUAGUUACAGAUUAGUGCCAGUGUUCGGUGGUUGAGAGGAGGUAGUAACCUGUAAUUCCCCGAAUCUGAUGGCCAAAUUUUCUGGUUACUUUUAUUUGUACAUACAGUGAUAUAUUUGAUAUUCAGCAUCUUUAUUACUCCCCACCUA